AUGGCGACACCUACGAGUGUAAGAAUUGCCGGUUUUCGUUCUUUGCAGGCCCUAUGCGCACAGCGGACCGUAACCCGCAACUUCUCCCUCCUCAAUCGCCCUGCGCCAAACUAUCCGGGCCACAUACCUCUGACGCCUGUAGAACGGGGAGUUCUCGCAAUUGGAUCAGCUGUGGGAUCGCUGCUAAACCCUAGACGAGGAGAUCUAAUCGCUACUCUCGGCGAAACCACCGCGACACCAUUCUUCAUCUACCGUCUCCGCGAUGCCAUGCUUUCCAACCCCACCGGUCGCCGGAUCCUCCGUGAUCGUCCUCGCAUAACCUCCCAAACCUUAUCCCUCCCUUACCUCCGCAGCCUGCCUCCGAACACCGUUGGAUACACAUACGCUGCCUGGCUUGACCGGGAGGGCGUCAGCCCAGAUACCCGCAGCAGUGUGCAGUAUAUUGAUGAUGAAGAAUGCGCUUAUGUCAUGCAACGGUAUCGCGAGUGCCACGACUUCUACCAUGCCGUAACGGGCCUGCCGAUUAUGGUGGAGGGCGAGAUUGCACUGAAGGCGUUUGAAUUUUUGAAUACGUUGAUUCCGAUGACGGGGUUAAGUGUGUUUGCGGCGGUGAGAUUGAAACCGGAAGAGCGGCAGAGGUUUUGGAGUAUUCACCUACCUUGGGCUGUUCGAAGCGGGCUGGCGAGUAAAGAGUUGAUCAAUGUCUACUGGGAGGAACAGUUGGAAAGAGAUGUGAACGAGCUACGGGAGGAGUUGAAUAUCGAGAAACCGCCGGAUUUGAGGGACAUCAGGAAGAAACUCAGAGAGCAAAAGAGGGCGGCAAGGAGGCAGCAAUGA